AUGUCCGCCCCGAACGACGGCCCCAAGAAGACUGGCCCGCUGGGCAAGGCCAUGCAGACGGUCGACCUGGAUGGCCACAACCUGCCUCCCAGCCCGGCGCCCAGCAGCCCGCACACUGGUCGGAAGUACGCUCUCGCGACCGAGCUGGUCUACACCGAGAGCAGUGACCAGUACAAUGCCUCCAGCACACCGAUCUACCAGACUGCGACGUUCAAGCAGGACUCCGGCAGCGGCGGCGGAGAGUAUGACUACACGCGUUCCGGUAACCCCACGCGCACCCACCUCGAGCGCCAUCUCGCCAAGAUCAUGAGCGCACGGCGCGCCCUCGUCGUCUCGUCUGGUAUGGGCGCGCUGGAUGUCAUCACUCGCAUGCUUCGACCUGGCGACGAGGUGGUGACGGGUGACGACUUGUACGGCGGCACCAACCGCCUGCUCAAGUACCUCUCGACCAACGGCGGCAUCAUCGUACACCACGUCGACACCACCGACCCGGCCGCGGUGCAAGCCGUCGUCGGCGCGAAGACGGCCAUGGUGCUGCUCGAGACGCCGACGAACCCGCUCAUCAAGAUCGUCGACAUCCCGACGAUCGCAUCGGCAACGCACGCCGCCAACCCGGCCGCCAUCGUCGCCGUCGACAACACGAUGCUGUCGCCGAUGCUGCAGAACCCGCUCGAGCUGGGCGCCGACAUUGUGUACGAAUCGGGCACCAAGUACCUGUCAGGCCACCACGACGUCAUGGCGGGUGUGUUGGCCGUCAACGACGCGGCGCUGGGCGACAAGCUGUUCUUCACCAUCAACGCGUCGGGCUGCGGUCUGAGCCCCUUCGACUCGUGGCUGCUGAUGCGCGGCAUCAAGACUCUGGGUGUGCGCAUGGAGAAGCAGCAGGCCAACGCCCAGCGCAUCGCCGAGUUCCUGCAGAACGAGGCCGGCUUCCGCGUGCGCUACCCCGGCCUGAAGAGCCACCCGCAGUACGACCUGCACUGGAGCAUGGCCCGCGGCGCCGGCGCCGUGCUCAGCUUCGAGACCGGCAACGUCGAGCUGAGCGAGCGCAUCGUCGAGAGCGCCCGUCUGUGGGCUAUCUCUGUGUCGUUCGGUUGCGUCAACUCGCUCAUUUCCAUGCCUUGCCGCAUGAGCCACGCCAGUAUCGAUGCGAAGACGCGUGCUGAGAGGAACAUGCCUGAGGAUAUCAUCAGGCUGUGCGUCGGUAUCGAGGAUGCGGACGACCUCAUCGAUGACUUGAGGAGAGCGCUUGUCCAAGCUGGCGCCGUCAAGGUCACUAUGAACGGCAUCUCCUCUCUCGCAUCGACCGACCCGGCCGCGUCGGGUACUGCUGAAGGCCAGCAGAUCGCUGCUGACGGCUUCAAGGAGCCUGAAGCCGCGGGCACGGCUCCUGCGGAGCAGCAGUAG